ACAUGCCACUUUUAGUUCAUUCUUGCCAUUUCAACUAAUUCUUAAUCAUUUUCUUACAAAAGAAAUUGAGAUUAAAGAUCAGGUAAAGGCUUCUUUUACUAGAGAAAGUGUGCGGUUAGAGAAUAAACUUUUCCUCGUUGAGUGGGUAGAGAUGAAGCUCAUCUUGAGCGUUGGGAUCUGCAUUCUGCUGUCCUUAUUUUCAACUCAUCCUCCCACCAUUCGCUCUACGUGUUGUUUGCUCUCAAUAAUUGGUAGUCAACAGUUGAUAGACACUGCUGCUUCUGCCGUUGCAAGAAAUUGAGUGGCCAACUACUGUCCCCCUCCCCUUCCCCCCUUUUUUAAUAAUAAAUAGACCAUGUUUAUGUGUUUUUUGUGUGUGUAUUUAGGCUCUCGUUUGUUAAAAUUUUAACCAAAGUAAAGUUAAAAAUGAGGAGUGGUGGUUCUGGUGAGGAGAAUGAAUAAAUAUAAGGUGCUAAGGCCUAACUGGUCUGGCAGUGGCAGAUGGUAGAUACCUUUCUCUACGAUGGUGCCUUGCUUUGUGUAGUGUUUUUCCAGGGUAGCGUUUGAGAGUGUGCAAAGAAUAUUGCAAAUACUAUUCUUUAUUAUGGCUCUUUUCUCUGCUGUAAUUACGUUUGGCUGUGAGACUGACGGCUAUUUAAUUAGUGGUUUCCAUUGGUGAAAAUCCUUGCCCAUUGUGCUUGUUUCUCUAAUGGGUGGUAUCAAGUUCUUGAUUUUGAGAUCUGGGCUGUAAAGAUUUCCUCAAAUAAUUAAAGUUUCUAGCUUUUGAGCUGGUUCUUGGAUUCUGGGUUGUUUUCUCUUUGCCUUGCAGGGUGAGAAUUUUCACCACCAUUUUGUAGGGGAAAGAGGAAAAUGGCUCCAAGAUUGAAUCUUUUUGACUGGUGGGCUAGAGACGCAGCAAAGGGAACUCCUGUGAUUGUAAAAAUGGAGAACCCUGAUUUCUCCAUUGUGGAGAUUGAUGGACCUGAUGCUGCAUUCAAGCCUGUGGAGAAGGGCAGGCUGAAGAAUGCCAAGCAAGUUAGAUGGAUUCUGAUGCUCAAGGCUAACAGGGCUGUCGGCUGUGUUGCUUGGCUUGCAACUAUCUUGUGGGCUCUUCUUGGAACUAUCAAGAGGAGGUUGAUUCUAAGGGAAGGAGUGGCUCUUGCGAGUGAGAAGCUUGGAAGGGGUAAAUUAAUGUUGAGAAUCAUCAAAGCCCUUUUAGUGAUUUCAUUGGCUAUUUUGGGAUUUGAGUUGGUUGCUUACUUCAAAGGUUGGCAUUAUUUUGAGAACCCAAAUUUGUAUAUUCCUCAUACCUCUGACCUCCAAGGUUUUUUCCAUCUGGUUUAUGUUGCUUGGUUGGAGUUGAGGGGGCAAUAUAUUGCACCGUUUGUUCAAUCUCUUUCCACCUUCUGUGUUGUUCUGUUCAUCAUCCAGUCUUUGGACCGUCUGAUUCUUUGUUUGGGUUGCUUAUAUAUCAAGCUGAAGAAGAUCAAACCUGAAGUUAAUGGUGAUCCUUUUCAACAGGAUGAAAAGGAAGGAGCACAAUGCAAUUACCCAAUGGUUCUUGUCCAAAUUCCCAUGUGUAAUGAGAGGGAGGUCUACGAGCUGUCCAUCUCUGCAGUUUGCCAGCUUGAUUGGCCGAAAGAACGUCUGUUGAUUCAAGUUCUUGAUGACUCUAACGACGAAGGCAUCCAAUGGCUGAUUAAGGCCGAAGUCUCCAAGUGGAGCCAAAAGGGAAUCAACAUAAUCUACCGACAUCGUUUGGUUAGGACUGGUUACAAAGCUGGGAAUCUCAAGUCCGCAAUGAGUUGUGAUUAUGUGAAGGAUUAUGAAUUUGUUGCUAUAUUUGAUGCAGAUUUCCAACCGACCCCAGAUUUUCUCAAGCAGACAGUUCCACAUUUCAAGGACAAUCCUGAUCUGGGAUUGGUUCAGGCUCGGUGGGCAUUUGUGAACAAGGAUGAAAACUUGUUAACUCGUCUCCAGAACAUCAAUUUGUGUUUCCAUUUUGAAGUAGAACAGCAGGUUAAUGGGGUAUUCUUGAAUUUUUUCGGUUUUAACGGAACUGCUGGUGUUUGGAGGAUCAAAGCAUUGGAAGAUUCAGGCGGUUGGCUUGAAAGGACAACUGUAGAAGAUAUGGACAUUGCUGUACGUGCGCAUCUCAAUGGUUGGAAGUUCAUAUUUCUAAAUGAUGUCAAGGUUCUCUGUGAAGUUCCCGAGUCUUUUGAAGCUUACAGGAAGCAACAACACCGGUGGCAUUCUGGUCCUAUGCAGCUUUUCCGCCUGUGCCUGCCUGCUGUAAUAAAGUCAAAGAUAUCCAUAUGGAAGAAAGCCAACUUGAUAUUUCUCUUCUUUUUGUUGAGAAAACUCAUUCUUCCAUUCUAUUCUUUCACAUUAUUCUGCAUAGUUCUUCCUUUAAUGAUGUUUAUACCCGAAGCUGAGCUGCCUAUGUGGGUUCUUUGUUACGUGCCGGCUCUUAUGACAUUCCUCAACAUACUCCCCGCGCCUAAAUCUAUCCCUUUCCUUGCUCCCUACCUUCUUUUCGAGAACACAAUGUCGGUCACCAAAUUCAAUGCGAUGAUCUCGGGACUCUUCCAACUAGGCAGCUCGUACGAGUGGAUUGUGACGAAGAAGGCUGGCCGGUCUUCAGAAUCCGACUUGCUGACUGCUGCUGAUAGGGAUAUGAAAGCACUGAUCCAACCACAAAUUAGCAGGGGAGCUUCAGAAAACGAUCUUUCUGAUCUCGGUCUAUUGAAGGAACAGAAAGGACAAACACUCAAACCGGUCAAGAAAAUAAACAAGAUAUACAGAAAAGAACUAGUUCUUGCUUUCCUAUUGUUAACAGCUGCAGUGAGAAGCCUCUUGUCCGCUCAUGGACUCCACUUCUACUUUCUGCUUUUCCAAGGAAUCAGUUUCGUCCUUGUUGGUCUCGAUUUGAUUGGAGAGCAAAUGAGUUGAUAAAGAAGGGAGCUCGCUGUGAAAAAUACAACAUUUCGGCAAAGUCAUGACCGAACAGAGCCUACGCCACACAACCUCAUCGCACCAUGCACGACCAAGGUAGUCUGUCCCUAUUCAAUCACCAUUUACCAUUUAGUUCAGCAAUUUUUUCAGAGUGAAUAUCAUUUAUAAAGCCAAUAAGAAUUUCCCCUGUUCCAUAUACCCUUAUAACAUUUUUUUCUCCGGUUUGCUGUUUUAGAUAGGAUAACAAUCGACAUAGUCCUUCAAAGAUAGUUAUUGUUUUGUAUGUAUGUACUGUGGUGUUCAUCAUUCGCCCUAUAUAUAUAUAUAUUGUACAUGGUUGAACAUGAUGAUUUAAUGCA